UGUAUCAAUUAAAUCGAUCAAACAAAACAACUGGGAGCUUAUUAAUUCCUCUGUCGAAUUUGUUUCUAAACCAACUAAACUAGUCUUGAAUUCGAAUAAUUUACAAACAGGAUGUCUGCUAAUAUGGAUAAUUGUGAACCAAUAAAACCAUUAGAAUUAGUUGAAAUUUCUCAACCAAAACCAUCACAACCAGAAUCAACUGAUUACGAGCUGAAAAAUCUUUUGCCUCCAGACCAUCCACUUUUGAGUAAGUUUCAGCAAUCCCUCAAGGAACACCUUCUUCGUGUAAAAAAUCAACUCACCGAAGAAAUUGAUGAACUGAAGCACAAAAUAAAAAUCAAAGAACAAGAACGUGAAGAAUUCGGUGUAAAGUUGUACGAUAGACAGAAUGAAAUCGAGAAACAAAAUGACAUUCUCGAGGAGUAUUCGAAGAAUAUUCACGAAUCCGUUUCGAAGCGAAUCGAAGAUGAACGACAGAAAGAAUUACUUCAGAAAGAAUACGAUGAAAAAUAUAAUUUGACUAAGCAAAGAAAGCUUCAAUACAACCAACGACUUCUUGAACUUGGACAUUUGCAAAAUCUUGAAAAUAACAUUCGAAAAUGGACAGAUGAUUUCGAAACUCAAUUGACAAGUUCCAAGCGAGUUGUUAGCAAAGAUUUUCAGAUGCAAAAAGCUAUGGCUGAAGAGAAACAAAAAUCUGAUUUGAUGUUUUAUAAUUUACAAGUUGAAGUGAAGAAACGUGAAGAAGAAUUAGAAGGACUUUCACAACAGAUAGCUGAUCAAACUCAGCUUAAUAAUGUUCUUCAAACGAGUUUAUCGGAUGCAAAUGCGGAUUUGGAAAUUUUGCAGGACGAACAUAAGCGAUUGACACAAUCUUGGGGUGAAGUUAUAGUUGCUAUUCAGCAUCGGGAUAAGGUUCUAUUUCAAGCAAGGCAGACUUUACAAAAACAACAGGAAUUGUUAAAACUAACUUCUUCAAGUGUCGAAGCAACAAAAAAACAAACAGCUAAGGAAAGGGAGAACAAUGAAAAGUUGGAAGCAUUCAAGUCACGCUUGACUAGAGAUCUAAUGACGCUACAAAGAGAUACCGAUAAGCAAUCAAAACUUCUAGCAAAACUCGAGAUGAAAAUGGAAGAAUUACCUAAAAUUCUCGAACAAACUGAAAAAGACUACCAAGAAGCCAAACAAGAGGGACAUCAAUUAAAUAUUUCACUAAAUGCUCUUCAAUUCAAAUUAGAAAAACAAUAUUCCAUUAAAAGUGGUAUGGAAGAAUCAAUUUUCAAAAUAGCUCAAGAUCAACUCAUGUGCGACAAAGCAUCAAAGUUUCGUCUAAAAGUUUUAUCUGAACAUCAAGAGCAUCGUCGAUCAAUGGAAGAAAAUCUACAUAAAAUUGAAACACAACUUUCUAAUUUGCUUCUUCAGCUAGAACGUCAAAAAGGAGCAAUACUUCUUCUUCACGAAGAAGGUGAUUCAUUGGGUGCACAACUAAAAGAACUCAACGAUGAAUCUGAUGGAAUCCAAUCGGAAAUUAAAACGAUGGAAAAUCAAAUUGCUUUGAAAUUGAAACAAAUUGAUAAAUUAUCAAAGGUUUUGGAUGAUUUACUUAAAGACUCUCAAGGUUUAGAAAUAAGUCCAACGGAAUAUAAGAUUAAGACUUUGGAGAUAUCUGUACAAGAAGCAGAGCAAAGAGUUCAGGAUCAACAGGAGGGCUGGUUGAUUUUGCAAGGACAUAUUGUGACCUUAUCACAAAAGCGAAAUAAUCAACUAAAUGAAAUACAAGUCGCACGGAAACAGCUUAUGAUAAUAAAACAAAAAUCUCUCAAAAUUGACCUUGAGAUGGAAAAUACUGAAAACACUGGACGUGAAUUAGCUCGUGAAAUUCGAGUAUUUGCCAAAAAACUGGAGCUUUUGAGUGCCAAGGGCUAUGAAAAAAAGAAGCAACAUGAGACCACAGAAUCCGAAUGUGAAAUGGAACAUUUCGAAUUGUUGGAAAAAUUAAAGGAUAGUGAAAUGAGAGUUCUGCAAUUGGAACAAGAAACAAUUGACCUUUCAAACGAUAUAGAACACCACAAAAAUAUUGUUUUAGAGCGUCAUCGCGAAGCCCUAUCUUGGGAAACUAAAUACAAACUACUCGAUGAGACUCUACGCUGGCGAAGAAGUGAAUCAGCUGUUGAAAGUGAAAUCGGUAAUAUGCGAGCUGAAAUUCAUCGCAUGGAAAUCCGUCACAAGGAAUUGAAACGAGCCCAAGAGAAACUUAUUCAAGACCUGGAUCAUUGUGUUAUGCAUAGGGAGAGAAUUUUCGUUGUGGCAUCAACAAAACAAAAAAUGGAAGGAUCACAUUUCCGCUCAAGAACAAAUAUUCAACAAAAAAUAAAUGACUUAAGAACGAAAUCGAAGCAAGUGCACAGUGAAAUAGGAAUGGCCGAAAAGAAGUUAAAUGAACUUUCGAAGGAACAUGAUGAAUUGGAACAAUCUAAAAUGUGCAUGGAAAAAGAUAUCGAUGUGGAAAUCAAACAGGAUAGAUUGAUUAAUAAUGAAAUUGAACAGGGAAUUCUUUUGAAACAUCAAAAUUUGGAGAGUAUUGUUCGGAAACAAAAUCGAGCAAAGGAGUAUAAAAGACUGACCGGAGCAAGUUCGCAACCAAAGAUUUCAAAAUCAGAGACUUCUAUUGAGUUGAGUAUGCAGAAACAAGUUGAAAUAAAUAAUCAUUUGACGGAAGUAGUAGAGGGACUUAUGACUGAAUUUCCGGAUAAGAAGUUUGUUUUGACUCGAUUGGCACAGACCCUUAAAGAUUGAAUUAUAUUUUUUUUUUGUAAUAAUUUUGUGGAAAUAUAAAUAAUACUAGUACAUUUUGGA